UCUCUCCGGGUUCUUGUCGUGUCUAUCCGGCGAGAUGAACACAACACAACACACUAGUGUAGUUGAAGUGAUCAUCAAGUGCAUGUACUUGUAAUAACACGAAUCAAGCAAACAACUACUUUUCUUGUCUCCACUUCGAAUCUUUGUCUGCUUCAAUCCACACCCAAGGGUUUUGAAGAGAUGUGCUGAAUCUAUUUUGCAUCACGAUGUCGUCCACUCGAAAGCCUAGUAGUCAUGGAGCUGAAGCUGAACCUCAGAAACGCUCCUCUUCAAAUAGUAACACUAAGUUAGCUGAGCCACUGCAGUUACCUAAAUCAGUAACAAAUCCAGCUCCUGCAGGAGCUCCAGAGAGCAAAAGGUUACCUGAGCCAUUUAAGAAGCGAUCUGUUGAUCCUAAACCUGAUUUCACCUCCUUAUCCACCGUUCUUGAACACGUAGAUUCAUUGACUAUCGACAGCAAUGACCAGGAGAAGAAAACAUCAGGCUCUGUCUCUGCUAAAGUGAGUGAUGGUACUAGCAGUCUUGGAAAGACAAGUGGAAGCGCCAAGCUUAGUGGAAGCCGUUUAGAUUUCAUGGAGAGUGGUAAGAGCAGUAUCUACAGAGGAAGCACAAGCAGUGAUGUGAGCGAUGAGAGUAGCUGCAGCAGCUUUAGCAGCACUGUCAACAAACCGCAUAAAGCUAAUGACUUGAGCUGGGAAGCGAUCCAGGCUGUUAGAGCUAGAGAUGGGGUUUUGGGUCUGAGCCAUUUUAGGCUACUUAAGAGGCUAGGGUGUGGAGACAUAGGGAGUGUUUAUCUCUCUGAGCUGAAGGGGACAAAGUGUUACUUUGCAAUGAAGGUUAUGGAUAAGACUUCUCUUGCUAGCCGUAAGAAGCUUCUUAGGGCUCAGACUGAAAGAGAGAUUCUUCAGUCUUUGGAUCAUCCUUUUCUCCCUACACUCUACACUCAUUUCGAGACUGAGAAAUUCUCUUGCCUUGUGAUGGAGUUUUGUCCUGGAGGAGACUUGCAUACUCUCAGGCAACGCCAGCCUGGGAAGCAUUUUUCUGAGCAAGCGGUGAAGUUUUACAUAGCAGAGUCAUUGCUAGCUAUUGAGUACCUGCACAUGUUGGGGAUUGUGUACCGUGACCUCAAGCCUGAGAACGUUCUAGUUCGAGAAGAUGGACAUAUAAUGCUCUCUGACUUUGACCUCUCACUCCGUUGUCUCGUCAGCCCCACUCUAGUCAAAUCUGCUUCCAUUGAGUCUGAUCCGUUACGCAAAAACGUUUACUGUCUUGAGCCCUCCUCUUGCAUCCAACCGUCUUGCACAGUCCCCACCACUUGCUUCUCUCCACGUCUGUUCUCAAGCAAGUCUAAGAAGGAGCGUAAGUCCAAGAACGACACAGCAAAUCAAGUUAGGCCAUUGCCAGAGCUGGUAGCUGAGCCAACCGAUGCACGUUCCAUGUCUUUUGUGGGCACGCACGAGUACUUGGCUCCAGAGAUUAUCAAAGGUGAAGGGCAUGGGAGUGCAGUGGAUUGGUGGACUUUUGGGAUAUUCUUGUACGAGCUUCUCUUUGGGAGAACUCCUUUCAAGGGCUCAGGAAACAGGCAGACACUGUUCAAUGUGGUUGGUCAGCCUCUACGGUUCCCUGAGUCACCUGUUGUUAGUUUUGCAGCUAGAGACCUUAUCCGUGGCCUGCUCAUGAAGGAGCCACAGCAGCGACUGGGGUUCAAAAGGGGAGCUACUGAGGUUAAGCAGCACCCGUUCUUUGAAGGUGUGAACUGGGCUUUGAUUAGGUGUGCUACUCCACCUGAGAUCCCAAAGCCUGUUGAGCUGGAGAGGGGACCUGUGAGUGUUGCAGAGUCACCAUCGAGCCAGAAGACAGCAGCAGGUUUGGUUCUGAAUGCUCAGAAAGGGUCUGAUAACUAUUUGGAAUUUGAUUUCUUCUAGUGUUUAAGGCUAAGAGAUAUGGAUAUGGUACUACUCUCUAUUCUUCCCUAUAAGACCAUGUGGUGAAAGAUGAUUAUGCUAUUCAUAGAUUGGCAUGAAACUGUAUGUUUGUUUCUCUACGCUUAAAUUUCUCUAGUUUAUAAGUGUUUGUAACUUUUCAUAACCUUAUUAGUUUUGAUGGUAGCAUCUUUUUUUACACCAUCUAUCCAAACACAGAACAUAACAAACAAUGUAUUGUAUCUGCAUCUUAGUCUCUCAUUCCACUAACUGCUAGCUUUGGGCUUACUAAAGCAAAUCCAACCAAAAGGGUCGUUGGAAUCAUCUUUCUUCGGCUCCAGCUGUAUUGAGGGCUUGAAGGGGGUUCUCU